CUGUCAUGUGAUCGCGGAGUCAGCUGACCUGGGUCAAGCCGGAAGAAGUCCUGGAUUGGGUCUCCUGACAUCAUGAGGUUCCGGUUCUGUGGCGAUCUGGACUGUCCGGACUGGGUCCUGGCAGAGAUCAGCACACUGGCUAAAAUUUCCUCUGUGAAGCUGCGGCUGCUGUGUAGCCAGGUGCUAAAGGAGCUCCUGGGGCAGGGGAUUGAUUAUGAGAAGAUCCUGAAGCUUACCACUGAUGCCAAGUUUGAAUCUGGAGACGUGAAGGCCACAGUCGCAGUGCUGAGUUUCAUCCUGUCCAGUGCAGCCAAGCAUAGUGUGGACAGCGAUUCCUUGUCCAGCGAGCUGCAGCAGCUGGGGCUGCCCAAAGAGCAUGCCACCAGCCUGUGCCGCUGUUAUGAAGAGAAGCAGAGCCCCCUCCAGGAACACCUUCGAGCCUGCAGCCUACGUGUAAACAGACUGGCCAGCGUGGGCUGGCGGGUAGACUACACCCUGAGCUCCAGCCUGCUUCAUUCUGUGGAGGAGCCCAUGGUACACCUGCAGCUACAGGUUGUGCCUGCUCCGGGUACCCUGGCCCAACCUCUUUCCAUGUCCCUCUCAGCAGACAAGUUCCAGGUUCUCCUAGCAGAACUGAAGCAAGCCCAGACCAUGAUGACUGCUUUGGGCUGAGAAGGGUGUCCCCAGCCUCUGUGGAGCUGUCCUGCCUGCGCUGAGUGGCUCCCCUCCAUACUCCUCUUGAAGGGUGGCCCUGGCCCCUUGAGUCCUGGCUAGGGCUACUGGGGAUCUUCCCCAGAAUUGCUUUCUUUCUUUUUUGAAAGAAGGUACUUUGAAACCAUUUUCACAGGCAAGAAGAAUAAACAAGUGUGCAGCAG